ACAUGGCCGAGGAGGGAGUACUUGAUAAAUUUUGCGGCUCCCCAUUUUGGGAUGCCAACCUCACUUGGUACACAGACACACCCCAAUUUACUCCGUGCUUUGAGCGAACAGUGCUGGUGUGGAUUCCCUGUGGGUUUCUGUGGUUGUUUGCUCCCUUAGAGACUCACUAUGUUCUCCAAAGUGCCGAUCGACUCAUACCUUGGUCCUGGCUCAAUAUUUCGAAGUUGGUGGUUUCAGCUGCCUUAAUGACCCUACAGUGCUUGGACUUCUUUUAUGCUGUCCAUAAGGCUGUUGUUGGAGAUGACGUAUAUGGUGUAGAUUUUCUUGCUCCUGCCAUUUUAUUCUUCUCAGUGCUUCUUCAGUUGGUAUUUAUAGUAAUGGAAAAGAAACGAGGAAUUCAAAGCUCGGGGUAUCUCUUCCUCUUCUGGCUGCUGCUGCUUAUCUUUGGCAUCCCAGAGUACUGCAUGUAUUUCACGAAUUUAUCGGAUGAGGGAGUAGACACAGAUAAAUUUACAUUUGCAACAUACAUGGUGUACUUCCCACUGGUUGUAAUCAUGUUGCUUCUGAACUCUUUUGCUGAUGCUACACCAAAAUACAUUAACUUCCCGAGGGGAGAGAAACCAUGUCCAGAGACAGAAGCUUCAUUUUUAAGCCGAAUCACAUUUUCUUGGCUUGAUAAGAUGAUAUGGAGAGGCUACAGACAACCUGUAGAGCAGUCACAGCUAUGGGACCUGUCUUAUGAAAAUGCCUCACUUAGGAUUGUGAGAAAAUGGGACAAGAACUGGAGGAAAACAACUGCCAAGGCUUACAAAAAGGGGGAAUCUCACACGUCUGCAAAAUACACAAAUGCCUCGGCCCACGUGGAAAUCUCUGGGACUGCAGGGAACAAGGAGCACUACCUUUCCAUUUUGCCAACAAUAGUGCGCACGUUUGGGCCAUCAUUCUUUUUUGGAGCUAUCUUCAAACUCUUCCAUGAUAUCCUACAAUUUAUCAGCCCUCAAAUAUUAAGUGCCUUAAUCAAUUACAUUGAGAGUGAUAAAGAAGGAGAAAGUGAACCAGUGUGGCGAGGAUACUUUUAUGCCUGCUUAAUGCUCAUCUGUGCACAACUGCAGUCUUUCUUGCUGGCUCAGUACUUCAUGAAGAUGUUCCUUGUUGGCCUCCAGAUUCGCACUGGAGUCAUCUCUGCUGUAUAUCGCAAGGCCCUAAAGAUCUCCUCUUCAGCAAGGAAAGAAUCUACUGUUGGAGAAAUAGUGAAUCUGAUGUCUGUAGACGCUCAGCGUUUCAUGGAUCUCACCACCUAUUAACAUUUUUGGUACCCAGCCAUAGUAGUAACCUCCAGGCUAGAGUUGCAACUUCGUGUCCCUUUAGUGGCACAAACUGCCAACCCCUUAGAUGAGAGGCUGACACUUUACCACUGUACUAGCCUGGAAGUCUACAUCAACCUCAAGGAGGUGUUUAACUCAGUGUAUCCCGAAUCUCUAUGGGAGAUCCUUAGACUUAGGGGAAUUCUGACAUGGAUUAUUGGCAAACCAAUAUCCUGCUCCUUUGCCCUGUGGAUGAACCUGCCCAUCAAGUUGUCUUUUUGCGAGACAAUCCUGGUGGAGGAGGCCUGCAGUUUAAAACCUGCUAGUUUUAGUUUCACACUUGUGCUUUGGCCAUUCCCAGACAGUGAUCUUAUUUUAGAAUUAUAUAAAAAUGUAUUUGACUGUUUAUGUGAUUUUCUUACUGAUUGUAUCAUAGACAUUAGACAUGCCUUUUUUCAGGUGACCUUUGUCAUGUUUAUGACAUAUGUGUUAUCAGACCCAUCACAUGUUCUGGAUGCUGAGAAGAUUUUUGUAUCCAUUACCCUCAUGAAUAUUCUCCGUGAUUCAGUGACAAGGUUGCCAGUUGUUAUAUCAUCAGUAGUACAGGUUGUGAUAUUAUGUGGAGCAGAAGACAUUUUCAAUCUGAUGAGUACUGAGCGUGUACAUAGUUUUACAACCAGUGUGUCCUUGGCCACUUUUGCAACAUAUGUUAGUUUAUCUUCAGAGAAUAUCUUGGAUGCAAAGAAGGCAUUUGUUUCCCUCACUCUCUUCAACCUGCUACGUUUUCCUAUCUCCAUGUUGCCUAUGCUUAUAUCCAGCUUAGUACAGGCAAGUGUUUCCCUGAAGAGAAUGAACAAAUUCAUGAAUGCAGAUGAGUUGGAUCCAAACUGUGUGUCAAAAGAAAAUACUGAAAGCUUCCCAGUUGUGAUGGAGAAUGGAACUUUUGCUUGGGGCCAUGGUGAAGAAGAUGGAGAGCCCGUGUUGAAAGGCAUCAACUUACGUGUCACGGAAGGAUCUCUGGUAGCGGUUGUUGGGACUGUUGGAGCAGGAAAGUCCUCACUCCUGUCUGCCAUCUUGGGGGAGAUGGAUAAACAAUCUGGCAGGAUAAAUAUUAAGGGCCAAAUUGCUUAUGCCUCUCAGCAAGCCUGGAUACAGAAUGCAACUCUAGAGGCAAACAUAACUUUUGGGCAAAGUCAUGAACCCAAUUGGUACACCUCCUGCGUUCAAGCUUGUGCUCUACAGCCUGAUUUUGACAUACUUCCUGGUGGAGACCAAACAGAGAUUGGGGAAAAGGGGAUCAAUCUGAGUGGAGGUCAGAAGCAACGUGUUAGUCUUGCACGAGCUGUUUAUGCAGAUGCGGAUAUUUAUCUUCUUGAUGAUCCUCUGAGUGCUGUGGAUUCCCAUGUUGGCAGACAUAUUUUUGAGAAUGUCAUUGGACCACAGGGUUUGCUUAAGAAAAAGACACGUAUAUUAGUAACUCAUGGGUUGACCUACCUACCAAUGGUCGACAAUAUUGUUGUUUUGAAGAAUGGCAUUGUGACUGAGCAAGGAACCUACAAGCAGCUGAUGGAGAGGAAGGGAGAAUUUCAAGAAUUUCUCUUGCAAUAUCUGUCGGAGGCAGAGAACGAAGAAGACUCUCUAGAAUGUCUAGAGGACAUUAAACAUCAGUUGGAGAGUUCUCUAGGUCGGGAAGUAGUUGAGCGACAGAUACGACAGAAGAGAGAGAGCGAAAGUGAAAGCAUUUCAGAACAAGAAAUGAACAAAGACAAUAAAACUGGCAUUGUGCGGCGACGGGGUAGCAAGAAGAUUAGUGAGUCUGAAAAGGGGAAAUUGGCAAGUGAUACAGUUAUUGCCAAAGAUAAGAAGAUUGGUGAAAAGUUAAUAGAAACGGAAAAGGCUGAAACAGGAAAGGUUCAGAUGUCAGUCUACAAGUACUAUAUCAAAGCUGUUGGCAUUAUCCCAGCUGUACUUACAAUAUUAUGUUACUCUGCUGCCAAUGGCUGCUCGGUUGGAUCCAGUAUCUGGCUAUCCAAGUGGGCUGAGGAACCCCUUGAGCCUGAUGGUUCACUUAACACGCAGAAAAGGGACAUGUACCUUGGUGUUUAUGGUGCGCUCGGCAUAGGUCAAGCUCUUGCCAUCCUGUUGGGGGCAUUCACUCUAUCAUUUGGUGCUCUUGAUGCCAGUGCCAAACUCCAUGCAGACAUUCUUUGUAGUGUCAUGCAUUUACCAAUGCAGUUCUUCGAUACAAAUCCCAUUGGCCGUUUGGUUAAUCGUUUUGGCAAGGAUGUCGACACUCUGGAUAGUGUCUUGCCUUGGACACUCAGGUCUUGGCUAAUGUGCUUUUUCACGGAGCCAUCAAAUCUCUUGAUGAGAAAAGGAGAGUUACAGGUGAUGCUUAAAAGAAAGAAUGGCCAACCUAGAAGCAACUUUAAUUCCUUUUCAGGUAUAACUAUUAUUGUAACAGAGGUCCUUUAUUAUCGAGGAAUGAUCGAAGGUGCAAAGAAACUUCAGGAGAUGUUGUUAAGGAAUAUUUUACGAGUUCCUCAGACUUUCUUUGACACGAAUCCUCUAGGGCGAAUCCUUAAUCGUUUCUCUAAGGAUUUAGAUGCCGUUGAUGUCAAGCUUCCUGAGAUACUCCUUGACUUACUGUAUUGCACCCUAGAAGAACCAUCAAAUCUAUGGAUGAGAGUUACAGGUACUUCUGUUAUUGUAACAGAAGUAAUUUAUUAUCGGGGAAUGAUCGAAGGUGCAAAGAGACUUCAGGAGAUGUUGUUAAGGAGUAUUUUGCGACUUCCUCAGACUUUCUUUGACACGAAUCCUCUAGGGCGAAUCCUUAAUCGUUUCUCUAAGGAUUUAGAUGCCGUUGAUGUCCAACUUCCUGAGAUACUCCUUGACUAUCUAUAUAACGCCAUAAAAUCUGAGGAAGUGGAUAUGGACACUGAACAAGUAGACCAACAGAGGGAGACUUUGGCAGACAAACAACCAGAAGAUUUUGUUUUAGUAGAGCUUACACUAGUAGAAUGGUCAAAGGGUUCAAGUGUUCACUAUGAGGGAAAGGUUUUAGAUGUUCAGGAGGGUAGUCUUUCAUCUAAAGUUUCUUAUUUCAGAUGUAGUAUGAAGUCAACUUGCAAGGACAUGUUUUUAUUACCAUUGAUUGUAGAUGAAGGGGUAGUAGAUGGUGGCAAAAUCAAGGGUGUUCUACAAUCCCCACCCCUCUACCCUACCUCUACAGCCAUUUCAGUCAUAAUAGCAGAGAUUAUGUCUUUGCUUGCUAUGGCAGUGGGAGCGAAGAAGAUCCACCAGAUGCUGCUGCACAACAUUUUGCGAGUUUCUCAACUGUUCUUUGAUAUAAAUCCCCUUGGUCGCAUCCUGAAUCGUUUCUCGCAAGAUCUAAAGGCUGUAGAUGAUGGUCUUCCUAAUAUGCUGCUCACUCUCAUCAAUUGUAUCCUGGAUGUGCUGACGACGUUCAUUGUAAUUAUCUACUCGACUCCGUUAUUCGUUGCAGUAUUGGUUCCUACUCUUAUAAUAUAUUAUUUUGUGCAGAUACUUUACGUGGCUACAUCAAGGCAGCUGAAGCGUAUUGAAUCAGUUUCUCGGUCCCCCAUCUACUCCCACUUCCAGGAGAGCAUACAAGGUGCUUCAACCAUUAGAGCUUAUGGGAAGUCCGAGGAGUUCAUUUCUGAAUCAGAAAAGAGAGUGGACUUCAAUCAGAUCUCUUAUUACCCAAGUGUCAUGGUCAAUCGGUGGCUUGCUGUUCGACUGGAGUUCAUCGGAAACAUUAUGACCUUUUCUGCUGCCCUGUUUGCAGUGAUGAGCAGAGGUAGCAUCAGUGGAGGAAUAGUUGGCCUAUCGGUCAGCUAUGCUUUGUCGGUGACACAAGCUCUUAACUGGCUUGUUCGAAUGAUGUCAGAUGUUGAAACAAACAUUGUGGCAGUCGAGCGCAUUAAGGAAUAUACUGAAACAGAGCAAGAGGCUCCUUGGGAAAUCCAAGGCAAUAAGCCUCACAAGGAAUGGCCUGAUGAAGGAGUAGUGGAGUUCAACAAGUAUUCCACUAGAUAUCGUGAAGGACUUGAGCUUGUAAUCCGGGACAUUGACUGCAAAAUAUCAGGAGGGGAAAAGAUUGGCAUUGUGGGUAGGACAGGUGCAGGGAAAUCUUCAAUGACCCUUGCACUGUUCCGCAUCAUUGAAGCAGCCUCUGGUCAUAUAAGUAUUGAUAGUGUGAACAUCUCCAAGAUUGGGCUACAUGAUCUACGUCAACGACUAACUAUAAUUCCACAGGACCCAGUAUUGUUUAGUGGUAAACUGCGUAUGAACUUGGAUCCCUUCCAUAAAUAUGAUGAUGCGAAAAUAUGGUCAGCUUUGGAGCAUGCACAUCUGAAGGAGUUUGUGUCAGGUCUCACCUCUGGCCUGCAGUAUGAAGUAUCUGAGGGAGGAGAAAAUUUGAGCGUUGGCCAGAGACAGCUUGUCUGUUUAGCCCGAGCUCUCCUUCGCAAAACUCGUGUCUUGGUCCUGGAUGAAGCCACUGCUGCAGUGGACUUGGAGACUGACGACCUCAUUCAGCAAACAAUACGAAAAGAAUUUUCAGAUUGUACAAUAAUAACUAUAGCUCACAGACUUAACACAAUCAUGGAUUCCUCAAGAGUUAUUGUUCUAGACAAGGGUGAAAUUAAAGAAUUUGAUAAUCCAGGAACACUUUUAAAGAAUAAGAAUUCCCUCUUCUAUGGUAUGGCAAAGGAUGCUGGCCUUGUAUAGGAUAAAAGGGCAGUGGUAGAAACAUUACCAAGAAUUUUCGGGGAGAUGUCUAAGAAGUGGUUCUGAGGUAAAGCAUAGAGAAUUCUUUUUCUUCCCAAGUGUGUAAUUUGUGUGUCUUACAAUUGAUUAUUUCAGUACAUUUUCUUGUACUCAUUUUCUACAUUUUCAUAGUAAAAAUGAAAGGGAAAAAAUGCAACUCACUGUUAUCGUGUCCUUAAUAAUGUGCUGUUGGUUGUAUUUAGCUCUUUCACAUGUGUUCUUACAGAGCUAAGGAAGUACGUGGGAAAGCAAGUCGUGUCAGUGCCAAGAGUUCAUCCAUUUAGGUUUGACCUCAUUUGAUAUCACUUUGAUGUUUUUCAGUCUUUAAUUGAGGGUGUCUAUGUUGUCUUUCUUUUCUAUGUUGCUGACUGGAUUUGAAUAUAACUUACCUUAGUGAGGUUUAGGUAAGACUAUAUUUUUUUUCUUUCUUUCCUUAUUAGACAUCAGACUGGAUAAAGCUGAUAUACAUUCAUUACGGUUUUUGAAUUGCA